AUGUUUAACCUUACCCUCAGCUUUUCUUAAUUUGGUAUUUAAAAGACUCACUUUUAAUUAUAUGAUUGUUAAAAUGAGGGUCUAAAAUCAAAACAAUUGUAAAGAGAUAAAUAACCAAUUCAUCUUGUCACAAUAAAAAUUAGAUAGUUGUUAUAGUUCAAUUAAACAAUUUCUGUGAUUCCGAGAAUUCUUACUCAGCCAAGUGCAGGUAUUAAAUGAGAUAUACGUAGCUGUAUACAAUGAUGGGUUAGAUAAUGAAAAUUAUGAUUUAAUAGUGAGAUUGGAUGAUGUAAUAAUAAAUGAAAAGACAGGCAAUUAAUAUAUUGCUAAAGAAUUGUUAGGUGCCGGUACUUUUGGAAGUGUUUAUAGAUGUGUGAAGAAUAAUUCAAACUUUGCUAUCAAAAUAAUAAAAAAUAUUAAUGCAUACAAUAUACAAUCCAUGAAAGAAAUUAAAUUGAUUAGGUUCCUUAAUAAAAAAUAAGAGCAUGAAAGCAUAAUUAAAUUGAUUGAUUAUUUUCUUUUUAAAAAUCACGUGUGCAUAGUUUUUCCAUUAUUAGGAUUCAAUUUGGAAGAAUUGCUACAAGAAACUAAAUAUCAGGGCCUGUCAUUGCACAUGAUAAAGAAUAUUUUGAAAUAAUUAAUAGCAGGAUUGGAAUUCUUGCACUCAUUACAUUGGGUACAUUGUGAUAUCAAACCUGAAAAUAUUUUAUUCACAGAGUAACUUUGUAUAUAAUAUCAUAGUAAUACAGCCAAAUAAAUUUAGAUAAUUGAUUUUGGAUCUGCAACUGAAUUAAAUAUCAAUUUGUAUUAUUACAUAUAGAGCUUGUAUUAUAGAGCACCUGAGGUAUGUCGAAUUGCAUAUAUGUAUUUAGAUUAUUCUCGGCUAUAAAAAGACUUGUGCCAUUGACAUGUGGUCAGUAGGAUGUGUGGCAGCCUAGUUGUACCUAGGAUACCCUUUAUUCCAAGGGACGUCAUCUUUUGAUCAAUUAUCAAAGAUCCUUGGCCUAAUUUCUAUGUAUUUUAUAAUGAAUCACUAAAUUUAGUACCAACUAAGAAUUGAUCCAAAAUAGUCCAAAAUGCUAGGAUUAUUUUAUUAAAGAGAACCAAAACUAUGUGCUUAAAAAUUUGAAGAAGUAUCAGAAUGAAUAUAAUCUAAAUCUACAUGAUCCUGGAAUAUAAAAUAUAACUAAUAUUUAGGAGUUGUAUUUGGAAUUCAAUAAAUCAAGUUUAAGAACAAUCCAAGGUUCAAAUUGGUAAGAAACUUAUAAUUAG